GACGUUUUAGGAGGCUCUGCUCAACCAUCAAAUAAUGUUCAAUCAGUUACAAAUAAUGGAUUCAUAUUCUCAGAAGGUUUAAUCAUUCAAAAUAAGAGUGCAUUGUUAUUAUCAGGAAGAAUUCUAGAGUUCACGCCGAAAUAUAAUAUUAAGAAUGGGUUUAUAGUGGAAUUUGAACAAAGUUCUUUAAAUUUUUUAAAAUUAAUCAAUCCUCAACCUGAUUUGUUUGUUAUUGGGUUAGGUUCAAAAUCAAGAUUAUUAAGUCAGACAAAUAUAGAAUUCUUAAAUUCUUUGGGGAUAAGAUGUGAUAUUUCAGAUACUAGAGGUGCUGUCAGAAACUUUGAUUUAUUGGCUACUGAAAGACCAAAUCAAGUUGCAGCUAUUUUCCUACCCCCAAACGUUUGA